AUGUCGUGCUUCUCUUCGUUACCAUCUCAGCCCACAGACGAGAUCUUUGAUCUUCUCGGUGCUUACCGAGCAGACUCUAACCCUGAUCGUGUCAAUCUCGGUGUCGGCGUCUACUGUACCGAUGAAGGCAAAUCCUGGCCUCUCGACGUUGUCACCCGCGUGGAGAAGGAUCUCUUUGAGGAGGCUAGUUUGACUCGACACGAUUACCUUCCCAUUGAAGGCGAUCAGCAAUUCCUCAAGGUUGCAAGAGAACUUGUCUUUGCCCAUCAGGAUGAUUUGAGCAUCGCCUCUGUGCAGACCGUCUCCGGAACCGGAGCCAACCACAUCGGUGCUCGUUUUGUUGCGGAUUACCUUCGACCGCAAUCAAUUUGGGUCAGUGAUCCCACAUGGGCCAAUCAUCAUAUGAUCUGGGAGUCUGUUGGAAUGAAGCCCAAGUUGUAUCCCUACUACAAGAAGUCGGAUUGUUCGUUGGACUUUGAAGGUAUGAUCAAGACUCUGGAGGAGGAGGCUCAACCACGUGACGCUGUCCUGCUACACGCAUGUGCACACAAUCCUACCGGUCUGGAUCCUACAAGGGAGCAGUGGAAGAUCAUUGCAGAGGUCUGCCAGCGAAAGCAACUGUUCCCCUUUUUCGACGCUGCAUACCAAGGCUUUGCAUCCGGCAGUCCCGCAGAAGACGCAUGGGCGAUCCGCUACUUCUAUCAGCAGCAGCCACGGCCUGACAUGAUAGUUGCGCAAUCCUUCUCCAAGAACUUUGGUCUUUACGGUCACAGAACAGGAGCUAUCCAUCUUGUGCUCGCGGAGCCUUCCAAGGAGAUCAGGGACAACGCUUACUCCACCCUUUCUUACCUUUUGCGAUCCGAGAUCUCUAUGGCUCCCAAGUACGGUUCUACGAUUGUCAAGACGGUUUUGGAAAGUGAGGAGUUGACUGCUGCUUGGAUGGCUGAUUUGCAAGUCAUGAGCAGCCGUAUCAAGAGCAUGCGACAGGCUCUGUAUGAUGAGCUGGUGCGAUUGGAGACUCCUGGUACUUGGAACCAUAUCGUUGACCAGAUUGGCAUGUUCUCAUACACUGGCUUGACCCCCUUUGAAGUCAAGGUCCUCCGGGAGCGCUUCCACAUUUACCUCCUCAAGUCAGGACGUAUCUCCAUCUCUGGAUUGAACAAGAGAAAUGUCAACUACGUUGCCAAGGCCAUCCACGAUGUCCGAGCAAAUGGUCAUGAGCUCAAUGGAACAAAUGGAACAAACGGUGUCAACGGACACUAA